AUGGAACUGAAAUGUUCAUCCUCUUGCCAAUUGCACAUUUUUCAUUUGCUCUUGUUUCUAAAUUUCCCCCUGCAAGUUAUUGGACCUAAGAUACUAACACAAUAUACCUACAUUGCAGUUCAUUUUUGGGCUCCAACAUUUAAAUGGGGUAUCAGCAUUGCGAAUAUUGCCGAUUUCGCCAAGCCACCUGAAAAGAUAUCCUAUCCUCAGCAAGUUGCUGUUGCUUGCACUGGAAUCAUCUGGUCACGCUACAGCAUGGUCAUUACACCGAAAAACUGGAACCUUUUCAGUGUAAACGUUGCAAUGGCCGGCACAGGCUUGUAUCAGCUUUCUCGUAAAAUAAGGAAAGACUACUUUGAAGAUGAGAAAGAGGUUGCCGCAUCACUGGAAGGAUAG